GCGGCUGCUGCUGCGGGUGCUGCUGCUACUGCGGCUCCUGCUGCCGCCGCCGCUCGGCUUCCAGCAGCUACAUCCUCAGCCCGGGCCGGCUUCCCGCCCCGCGCCCCGCCCGGCCCCGCCAUGGUGUCCUGGAUCAUCUCUCGCCUGGUGGUGCUCAUCUUUGGCACCCUGUACCCAGCCUACUCUUCCUACAAGGCCGUGAAGACAAAAAACGUGAAGGAAUAUGUGAAGUGGAUGAUGUACUGGAUCGUCUUUGCCUUCUUCACCACUGCCGAGACACUCACAGAUAUCGUGCUCUCCUGGUUCCCCUUCUACUUUGAGCUCAAAAUCGCCUUUGUGAUAUGGCUGCUGUCCCCUUAUACCAAAGGCUCCAGCGUGCUCUACCGCAAGUUCGUGCACCCAACCCUGUCCAACAAAGAGAAGGAGAUAGACGAGUACAUCACACAGGCCCGAGACAAGAGCUAUGAGACCAUGAUGAGGGUGGGCAAGAGGGGUCUGAAUCUGGCCGCCAAUGCUGCAGUCACGGCUGCUGCCAAGGGCCAGGGGGUGCUAUCAGAGAAGCUCCGAAGCUUCAGCAUGCAGGACUUGACUCUGAUCCGGGACGAGGACGCACUGCCCCUGCAGGGGCCCGACGGCCGCCUCAGAGCCAGCCCCGGCAGCCUCCUGGACACCAUUGAAGACCUGGGAGAUGACCCCACCCUCAGCGUAAGGUCAGGCACCAACCAGGCAGAUCCCCGGACAGAGAUCUCUGAGGAUGACAUGGGAGACAAGGCCCCUAAGAGGGUCAAACCCAUCAAAAAAGUGCCCAAAGCCGAGCCACCGGCUUCCAAGAUGCUGAAGACCCGGCCCAAGAAGAAGACCUCCGCAGGGGGUGACUCAGCUUGAGGCCCCAGCCCCCUCCCCGCAGGCUGCAGAAUCCCGGCUCCACACUGUGCCAGCAGCCCUCAGCCUCAGGCCCCGGGGCCUCUCAGAUGGCUGUUUCCGGUGCCUCCCAGUGGCCAUUCCCCUGGAAGGGCUUGGGAAAGAGAAGGGAGGCCCUGCUGUGGGGGGCCGAGGGUAGAGGCUGGACCCAGGAGCUGAGGAUGGAGCCACUCGAGGAGGUGCGGGCCCCUCAGAGCCCAAAUGCUACCCUCCCCGCUCCAGCCCCGCCCCCGCCCACCCAGUGCCUUGCUGAAGACCAUGGCCAUCCCCUUGUCCUAACACGUGGCCCCACUGCUCUCUCUGAGUCAGGGGCGGCCGCCAGCCACAGCCCAGACUGACUGGAGCUUGAAGGCCCAGCAGAGAAGGAGGCGUGGGGAGGCCUCGGAGAACCUGGGCUCUGGGCCUGCAGGUGUGAAUGGAGGACAGGGGCUCAGUGUGUGUUUAAGUGACCAGGAGCCAGGCCAGAGCUGCAGCUGAGGGUGUUGGGUAGGGCUGUGAGCUACCUGUGCCCACUGAAAAGAGGUGGUGUGCGUGUGUGAAAGAGAAAAUGUGUAUGUGUGUGUGAGUGUGUAUCUUUCUGGGUCUAGAGCUGGGGGCUUUUGAGUAAAGGACUUUCCCUCCAGCAGUAACCUCCCCCCACCCAACCCAGCUGCCCUUUCCCCCCUCGGCCCUCCCGCCUACUCUCUGAGCCUCAGAGGACCCCAGCCCAUGAGAGAGUAGGGCUCCAAGGGGCCUCUCACCCGCUGCUCUGCCCUUGAUCCGCUCCUCUCUUGCCUCCUCCCGUUCCUGCCCCAGGACGAGGCUCCACUGCUCUGGGCCCUCAGUGAGGCCCCUGCUGAGCCGAUUCCUUUCCUCCUCUCCUGGGGGCCCAUCUUCCUUCCCCCUAAGGCCCUCUUCCUGUGCCAAGCAGGCUAGGCCCCCUGUAAGCAGACCCCUGUCAGAGCCCAGCCUUUGCCCCACACUUUGCCCCAGCGUCUGCUGUGGCUUCCUUCCGCCAGGGCUCGGAGGAGCGUGUGAAGAAGAAAAAGGUAUUAGGAGCCAGGGGGCUCCAGAUCCAUGGGAAGAGGGUGCCCAAUGGACCUUUGGCACUGGAUGAGCCAAUAAACCAAAU